UUUAGAAAAUAGUGGGAUAAUAAUGCAUACUUUACAAACAUGGUGAUAAGUAAUUUUGACCCAGGAAAUGAUUUGAAAAGAGUACAAAAGGAUUUGUAGGAAGAAAUACGAGAUUGAUCAUUGAUUCGCAUUGCUUUCUUUAACUAUUUUACCCACAAUCUAUUUAAUCUAACCCAGAUCAAUAUUCUAAACUCAAGGUCCUAAUUUGAUUCAGGUCCGCGGAAAUUCUGAUCUAGAUCGCUGAGUUCCUCCGGCGUAACCUAUAAUCUAACUCUGCCUCCAGGCAUGUCUUGGGGCAGAACCAGUUUAAUGAAGCAGUCCAACUCCAGGAGUAAAAGACAUGUUCAAUUUCGAGCUAUCUUGACAACUCUGGUUCUGAUAAUGAUUGUACUGGUGCUAUGGUUUGGAAGGAAGGGCAAGAAAUACAGUCCGAUGUCUGAUCUGGCGAACCAAAAAUGGAAUAGCUUGAACCCUUUGGUUAGCUUUGAUCCAUUUGUGGAGCACCGGAACGGGACUGAUGUGAUCUGGCAGAUACCGGACUCACCAAAGGCUGUUCUCUUCUUGGCACAUGGCUGCAAUGGUAGAGCAGCCAAUUUUUGGGAUAAGUCUCCUAAAUGCCUCCAUUGUGUUGGUUUGCCUGAGGAAAGGCUCAUCGUGCUUCAUGCACUAGCUAGGAAUUUUGCUGUAGUUGUAGUGUCAAGCAGAAAGACAUGCUGGUCACUUGGGGAGGAGAGAUGGAUUGUUAAAGACAUAAUCCAGUGGUGGAUUACCGAGAGAAAACUAGACAAGCUGCCUGUAUUUGCAUUGGGUGCCUCAUCUGGUGGAUACUUUGUCUCCGUCCUCGCUACAGAGCUUCAGUUCCAAGCCAUUGUUGUCAUGAUUGCUGAAGGAGUUUAUAGUCACUUGAAUAUAAGUGGAGAUUAUCCACCUACACUAUUUGUCCACAUGCCAAAAGAUGAAACCCGGAAACAGAAAAUAGAACGGUAUCUUGUUGUUAUGCGGGAGAGAGGAAUCGAUGCUGCAGAAAUUAGAUGCAUGGAAUUCCCAUUGACACCUGAACUAUUUGCCAACAGAAUCCCAGGUCUUGAUCUAACCUUGUCGGUAAAGUUGUUCAAUCUUUUCAAGGAAAAGGGCUUUAUUGAUCAGAAUGGUUACAUGAGGGAUGAUGGACGUGCAAUUCCAUGGAAGACAGCCCUUGAAGAAAAGGGUAUUCAUCUGCCAGAUAAAUCGCUGGUGAAUCAUAUUCAAGAGGAAAUGAAUCUUGCAUUUGCUUAUCAUGAAAUGACCAGCUUGCAAUCUCAACAAAUUUUUGACUGGUUUGAAUCUCAUAUGACCUCAAUCCAUUGACCAGCUUUUAUUUUUGAUUCUUCAUUCUUCGAAACAAAUUUGUCCUUGAUGAACUGAAACUGAGAAUUUAUUAAAGCACAAUGGUAACAGCUCAAAUUUGCAGUACCGUAAUCUUAACAAUUCCAUUGGCCUGUCUAAUAUGGCUUGUUAAGAACAUAGAAGUUCAGCCAGUUAGGCGAUACAAGUUGAUGAGUACAUCUAUACAGCAUCAGGCUUGAGGAGCUUCUUGUUUCAUUUCUCAUUCAACCGAGUUUGGUGAAAGCUCCAAGAUUGUGCUUUUAUGCUCAGAUGGAUUUAUAUUCUUAUUGACAACGAGAGAAAUUUGAUCAAGUACCGACAAUUUUCUUAGCAGUUAGCUGUAUCCUGUGUAAUUUCUCUGGUAGUAAAUGUGGUGUGUUGGUGUGCAUACAUGGUGGCAUGUUUUUCUAUUAUCUCUUGAAAUUGAAGAUGUAUCCAAUUUAUUGA